UAAAUUCGAACAAUGGCAGCACUGCCUGAUAAACAGCUGCUCGCUUGGCUUGAUUAUUUUUGUUGUGUGCGGAAAAUUGCAAACAUGUCAAAUGAUGGAAGGAAAAAACGAAGUAAAAACUUCACGGGGGAUGAAGAGUUAGUGCUCACAUUAUUGGUGGACGAAAGAAAGAAUAUUCUGCAAAACAGGAAAUCUGAUGCCGUUACCUGGAAGCGCAAAAUGCACGCAUGGAAAGAAUUGGCGGACUGUUAUUUCGUCAAAACGGGCGUACGCCGGGAAUGGAAGGCACUGAGAGAGAAAUUCAUAAGUCUGAAACGGAGAUCUAGAGUGCAACAAAUAGCAAAGAAGCCUCUCAAUUAUAUCAGCAGUGAGCAUCCAUCUCCCAAGACGGAAGUCUCUUCGAUAAAUGAUUCAGUUACACGAAUAGCAAAUGCCUUUGAUAGUGAUGAAUCCGAUGACAUGAGCUUCAUAGGCAAAGAUGAUCUGCUCGCUGACACCGCAUAUGAAAACGACGCUACGAAUCCUGAUACACAUGAGGAGGACAUGGCUACCACUAGCUCCGAGUGGCCCACUGGCAUUCCAACCACAAAUUACUUACCCAAGCCACGCAAUUGCCACCUGGAGGAGGAAACACUCAAGUUGAUUCGACUGCAGCAGGCAUUUUUCCGAUGUAAGAAUCAGCGUGCACAGGAAAAACACGAUCUUGAGAUGCUCAGGGAGAAGUCGAAACUAGAUCAGGAAGUACAGGAAGGAAAACUGCGAAUCGAGAUAAUCGAAUUGGAAAUUCUGGAAAAAAGAGCCAAGCUAGAUUUGAAAUAGGAAGCAAUACACUUCGUUUUCCAUCUAAUUGGAUGGCAUGGAAAUCGACUAUUUAAGCUUUAAGCUCAAUGGAUCAAACUGUGGCUUCGGACUACCAAAAAAAUUAUUAUUUAAAUGCUCCUAUGGAAGCAAUACUAUUGUAAAUGUAUCUUUAAUUAAUUUAAAAUAUCGUACCUGUAGUUAAAAAUAGAGUUAAAUAAACUCAACAAACAAUUUAAAAAAAUA